AUGCGAACGGCUGUUUAUGAUGGAAAAGCGAUUCAAAGCGCAAUAUUAGAUGUGGAAGGUAACGAAGAAUCUUAUGCGCUGCCAUACAUCAUGUUAAAGGAAAACUACGAAUCGGCAAGAAAUACGGAGCAAAAUCUGCUAACCCCGAUUAUUUCUUGGCAGACAACGUGUUGGUGGUAUAUGGCGAAGAAGAUCAAGAAAGAUUCGUUUUAUUUAAAUGAUCACGCACAAAAGGACGUGGAAAAUGCUAAGUUGGGCUGUGAGACAGUUGGAAAGAGCGGUGGUGUGUGUCAACCAGGAAGGAGUGAUGCGAACUACACGGCUGUAAAGACACAAGAAUGGCAAAAUGGAGAUGCAAUAGGCGAUUCGCACGUAGAAGAUCUAAAUAUUGUGGUCAAAGGGGAUGUGAGCAACAUGCUUUUGGAUAAAUGCGGUGGUGUUAAGACGGUUGAGUUGUACAGGGCGGAUUGCAGGCAAAACUUGGAACUUUCCCCCGUUUCACCAAGUCGCAGUCCGUCUAAACGACAGAAAAAUGUGAAACUGAACAGAAAACGCAGAAAACAUCUUCUUCUACAGUCAAAGUUGGAGGAGCUGAAGCUUAUCGUGGACAAUCCUGCAACCGUGCACAUAGAGGACGUGAGUGCGCGCAACCCCAUUCUUCUCAACAAAUAUAAGAACAUACGGAAUGCAGUGCCUGUUCCGCCGCACUGGAAAGCAAAGAAAACAACUUUUUAUACACAUGAGAAGUACGAACCACCGUUUGUGAACGACGGAGCGCUCAGAAUGAGAGCGGCAUUCUACGAGCACACAGAAAAAAUGACUGAAAAACAAAGGGAAAGCGAAAAAAAAUACCCGAAGAUGACGGAUGAGUUUUUGCUACCGCAUGAAACGAUGAAGAAUAUGCUUAAGUCUGCAUACGUCAGCUCACGGCUACUGCGAGCCGGCAUACUUUACGAUUUGCACGAAGGUAUGAAAAUACCUAGAAGCGACAACCUCUUAGAAAAUAUAAGCACGGAGUUGAGAAAGGCGUAUGGCAUGAAGAAGCAUUCGCCGCCCCCUUGGCUGCACAACAUGCAACGUAUUGGUCCGCCGCCAGAUACCGCUUACAAGAUUCCCGGUGUGAACUGCGAAAUUCCAAAGAACAGCAAGUACGGAUAUGAUGAGGAUGGCUGGGGAAAGUUGCCCACGGAUAUGAAUGGCAAACAGAAGUAUGUGUAUGAUGCUGAUAGCCCAUUCAGCGAUGUGUACUUCUCGGACAAAUUAACGGAUCACGAUGAAAGGAACGAGACAGGAUGCGAAAUCAAGGUAGGUAAUGAAUUGCGCGAAGAUGUCAAGAGGAGGAAGAUAGAUAACAGCCAUGAUGCGCAUAUUUAGUGUUUAGAGACAUGCUAUGUGAGCAAUUAAAUGUCAUUAAAAAAGAUAUAGCACCG